AUGAGCGAAGUGGAUUUCAACAUCAUGGAGCACUCCGGUGCCAUUCACAGUGGUCCGGGAACACAAAGGGGAAAUCGGGCGAUCGACUUGAUCCGGGAUCCGUGCACCCGGUUGUCGAUGUGGAAUCAAACUACCCGGCUUCUGGCCAAUGAGACCCUGCGCAGCGAGAUUCAGCCGCUGAGUGGCGGAAAAUCGUUACUGCGUUCCGUCAGCCGCUUGAACGAUGUGGCUGAAGCCCAGCGACGAGGUCUGAGGUCGAUAAACAACAAACUGCUAUGUACUCCGUACCUACUAGUUAUUUACAAGCAUCAGCAAGACAACGGGGUUGGCACCAGAAACAACGAGGUUUGGGCGUCGAGCGUGAGAGCCUCCAAUGCCAACGUCCGAGGUGGAUCACUGUGGCUGAUAGAUCCAGAGCUGUGCGCGCCACAAUUUGCCGCCCGAGCAAGCUGGAAUCUCACACGGUCGCGGGGAUGCCUUGUCUAUUGGCUCUCGACACCUGAACUAAGUGCCGUGCCAGUGUCCAAGCAUGAAGAAUCUGCUCUUUUUUUUCUCAUUGCGCCUCUUCUCAGAGCCGAACAUCGCCAUUUGGAAUCGCCGAGAUGA